AAUACUGUAAAGCAUCAAUGAUGCACACCAGUAUCGUCUAGUUAUAGUCUAGUUUCUUUCUGAUGAACAAGCAACAAACUUACAAACCCAACACAUCAAAAAUAUCCAGCACUAUCCACAUAUGCACCAUUCUUUACAGGCCGUUUGCUUAAAAAGAAAAACUUUACAGGCCACCCUGUGGCGUUGAUCAAGUACCUGAUCAUUCUUUUGUACAACUCAACGUACAUCGUUAUACCUAGGCGGCCAGCAUUGGAAACAAGAGUCCGGACUCUGUUGGCUACUUAAUCGAUGACGAGACGGUUAUGCAAGAAAGUAAUGGUCUAUGCAGUGGCUUAGUUCAGUACACUGUAACUCUUAUGUUAUAUGUACUACACAGCACCAGGAAUUCUUUGUUAGAAAAGGGCGUAAUAAGACAAGGUAGACUGAAGAACAAGAUAUGCCAGAACUUUUAGAAAAGAAGACAACUUGUACAUACACUAUGCCGAUGGUCACUGUACCAGAAGAUUUGCAAAAGCAAGCGUUAUUACAAGUACUCUGUGGCGGCUACACAAGUAUGGGGGGAACAGAAGAAAUUAAAGUUGUAUACGAAAACAAGUUUGAAAGGCAAGCCGAUCCAUCACCAAUUCACCAUCGAACGGAGUUCAGAUCACAAAGUCAAAUGUCUGCUACAUCCCUACGUCUGCCUCGCCGUCCUCGGCAGCUUAUUCACCAAUCGGUCCCAUUCCCUGCUAGCCGUACUCACGUACAUGCUGCAGAAAGUCACAAAUAGAGGCCAUCUGAAGCCGCCAGGUUACUUAUGGCUCUUGAUCUACACAUAUGCUAUAAAGUACUCCCAUAUUAGCUUCCUUUCUGCAUCAUUACGAAGUAGCCAUGGCCAUGAGAUGCAUUUUCACCAUAUUCAUCUUGUUUCUUCUCAUGUUGUCCUAUGUUGCUCUAGCAAACAACCAGAGCUACCUUGCUAGAGGUUCCUCCGUCUCCACCGGGGAUGACACCACCACCAUCCUAGUGUCGCCCAAUGGUGCCUUCACCUGUGGCUUCUACAAGGUGGCUACUAAUGCAUUCACCUUCUCCAUCUGGUUCUCCUGGGCAACUGACAAGACUGUUGCCUGGACGGCUAACCGUGAUGCUCCGGUUAAUGGAAAAGGAUCCAGGCUCAUGUUCCGGAAGGAUGGGACCUUGGCCCUUCUUGACUACAAUGGCACGGUUGUAUGGAGCACCAACACAACUGCAUCUCAUAGCAACCGUGCAAUGCUUCUUAGCAGCGGCAACCUUGUCGUCAUGGAUACAGAUGGGCAUCACCUAUGGAGGAGCUUCGACUCACCAACUGAUACGCUUCUACCAUGGCAACCAAUGACUCGAAAUACUAAGUUGGUAUCUGCUUCUGCUAGGGGUUUGCUCUAUUCAGGCUUAUAUGCCUUCUACUUCGCCAGUAACAAUAUUCUAACUCUUAUUUACAAUGGUCCUGAGACUAGUAGUAUAUAUUGGCCAGAUCCAUUCCAACUGCCAUGGGAUAUUGGUAGGAGUACUUAUAACAGUACCCGAUAUGGGGUUCUUGACCAGACAGGCCAAUUUGUGGCAAGUGACCAACUUGAAUUUGAAGCUUCGGAUCUUGGUGAUGAGAUCAUGAGGAGAUUGACUCUUGACUAUGAUGGUAACCUUAGGUUGUAUAGCCUAGACACAACAAGUGGCAAUUGGUCCGUCUCUUGGAUGGCAUUUCCUCGACUCUGCGACAUACAUGGAUUGUGCGGAGCAAACAGCUUUUGCAGAUACAGACCGGAGAAAGAGUCAUGCUCUUGCCUUGAAGGUUUUGAGAUGAUUGAACCAAGUGACUGGAGCAAAGGGUGCAGGCGCAAAACUAAUACCAUGCCCAACCAGGACUUCUCAUUUAGGAAGUUUCCUGGCAUGGACUUCUGGGGCUAUGACCUCAACUACUCAAAAUUUGCACCAUGGUGGAUGUGCAGGGAUAUAUGCUUGAAUAGUACUGACUGCCAAGCUUUUGGUUACCGGAAGGGAACAGGUGAAUGUUACCCAAAGGUAUUGCUUUUCAAUGGAAGGAACUUCCCAGAUCCAUACAACGACAUUUAUCUGAAAGUUCCAAAGGCAGCAUUGUCUUCGCCAGAAUUGGCUGCUGGACUAACUCAUGCUUGCAAAAUUACUGAAAAAGAAGCAUACCCCUCAUUGCAAAUGUUUGUGGGUGGCGGUUCCAGGUUCAACUUUGGAUACUUCCUAUCUUCUGCAUUGACACUGCUCGUCAUUGAAGUGAUUUUUAUUAUAGUCGAGUGUUGGAUCUUUUACAAAUGGGAGAGAAGGCGAGAGAUUAGGGACGAAGGAUACAUGAUAAUUUCCAGCCAGUUCCGAAGGUUCAGCUACAAUGAGUUACAAAAGGCGACGAAGUGUUUCCAGGAAGAGCUUGGAAGUGGUGCAUCAGGAACAGUUUACAAGGGAGUCCUCGAGGAUGAAAGGCAGGUUGCAGUGAAGAAGCUACGCGAUGUGAUGCAAGGAGAGCAAGAGUUCAGAUCUGAGCUCAGCACAAUCGGACGAAUUUAUCAUAUGAAUCUGGUGAGAAUUUGGGGGUUUUGUGCUGAGCAGACUCACAAGCUCUUGGUUUCCGAGUUUGUUGAGAAUGGUUCAUUAGACAGAUUUCUGUUUGAUUCUCAGAACUUAAUUUCUGUGCUGCAGUGGAGUCAAAGGUACAACAUUGCUCUUGGGGUAGCAAAAGGACUUGCCUACCUCCACCAUGAAUGGAUUGUUCAUUGUGAUGUCGAACCAGAGAACAUAUUGUUAGAUGAAGAAUUCGAGCCAAAAAUUGCAGAUUUUGGAUUGGUAAAACUACUAAAUCGAGGAGUAGGAGCUCAGAUGUUGUCAAGGGUGCAUGGUACUAGAGGGUACAUUGCUCCAGAGUGGGCUCUAAAUCUUCCAAUCACCGGAAAGGCCGAUGUUUACAGCUAUGGUGUAGUGCUCCUCGAGUUAGUGAAAGGGGUUCGGGUUUCCAGUUGGGCGGUUGAGAGCGAGGAACAGGUGGAAAUAUCUAUUCGAUGCUUUGCUGAGGUUCUUAGAGAGAAAUUGACGAGAAAAGAUCAAUCGUGGCUCCUAGAGAUUGUUGACUGCAGACUGGAUGGAAAAUUCAACUACUUACAAGCAGCCAUGGUGUUAAAGAUAGCGGUGUCAUGUGUGGAAGAGGAGCGGAGCAAACGACCUAGCAUGAGCCAGGUCCUUGAAUCUCUACUUCCACUAGUGGAAUAAUGAUGAACAAGUAGCAGUUUUUCUUUUAGUCUAGCUAGCUGAUGUCCCAUUGUGGGAGUGGAUAAGUAAAUAAUAUUGUGCUGUUGAACAGAAUUGUUACUAGAAGCCAUGUCUUGAGCAACUCUAAAGAA